UGCUCUGAACUCUCCUGACCGUUCCCAUGUCUGUGUUUGAAGGAGCUGCAGAGGUGAGGCUGGCAGAUGGCGGCAGGCGCUGUGCUGGGAGACUGGAGGUGAAACACGAGGGACAGUGGGGGACUGUGUGUGAUGACUACUGGGACAUGAAGGAUGCUGCAGUGGUUUGUAGACAGCUGCAAUGUGGAUCUGCUCUGAAAGUUCAUUUCAGUCGACGCUUUGAGCCAGGAUCUGGCCCCAUUUGGAUGGAUGAUGUUAAGUGUGAUGGCUCCGAGUCUGCCCUGUCUGACUGCACACACAAUGGAUGGGGUGAGAACAACUGUGGUCAUAAUGAGGAUGUUGGAGUGACCUGUUCAGGAUUUAUCCAGCUGGUUGGAGGGGACAGUCCCUGCUCAGGACGGGUGGAAAUCCAUGAUGGGAAGGAGUGGAAACCUCUCUGUGACUCCGACUUUGAUUUGAGACCUGCCAACGUGGUCUGCAGGGAUCUGUGGUGUGGCACAGCCCUGUCUGUGCAUGGGGCAGCUCAGUUUGGAGAUUGGGCUGGUCCCAUGUGGGACAGAGAACUGCAGUGUGUGGGGAAUGAAUCUCUUCUUGCCUCCUGCCCCAAGGGAUCCCCCAGGACCCAGCCCUGCAGCCAUGCAGAUGCUGUUGGAGUCACCUGCACAAAGUUCACAGGGUUCAGGCUGAUGAAUGGCAGCAGAGGCUGUGAGGGGAGGGUGGAGGUCCAAGUGCAGGGGACGUGGGGCACCCUCUGUGACUGGCGCUGGGACCUGCUAGACGCCCACGUUCUCUGUCGUCAUCUCAACUGUGGCUUUGCUGAGUCCGUUCCUGGAGGAGGCCACUUUGGGAGAGGCACAGGCCCUGUCUGGAGAGACUCCUUCCACUGUGUUGGCACUGAAGCCCAGCUGGGCCAGUGCCCCGUGAGCAGCUUGGGGGCCUCUCUGUGCUCCCAUGAGCAGGACGCUGCUGUCAUUUGCUCAGAUGGCUCCGGUUCCCUGCGGCUGGUGGGUGGAGGGAGCCGCUGCGAUGGACGAGUGGAGAUCUUGCGGCGUGGGACGUGGGGCAGGGUCCUGGCAGAGCAGUGGCACCUGCAGGAGGCCAGCGUGGUGUGCCGGCAGCUGCAGUGCGGAGAGGCAGAGGCAGCCUACCCCCUGCCCAAGGCUGAGAGAGGGCAGGGCCCCGUGGGGCUGCGAGGGGUGCGGUGUGCAGGGCACGAGGCCAGCCUGCAGCUCUGCAACACCUCCCUGCCCCAGAGCGUGCUGUCAGCAGGCAUUGCAGAGGAUGUGGGGGUCUCUUGCAGCGGGAGCCGGCAGGUGCGGCUGGCAGAGGGCCGCGGGCGCUGCGAGGGCAGAGUGGAGAUCUACUCGCAGGGCAGCUGGGGCAGCGUCUGCGAUGACAGCUGGGACCUGGCCGAUGCCAGCGUCGUUUGCCAGCAGCUGGGCUGUGGAGGGGCGCUGCAGGCGGUUGGCUCCGCUGGCUUCGGGGCAGGCUCUGGGCACAUCUGGCUGGAUGGGGUCAACUGCUCCGGGGCCGAAGCUGCUCUCUGGGAGUGCCCGGCAGGGCCCUGGGGGCAGCACGACUGCGGGCACAAAGAGGACGCUGGAGUCAUCUGCUCAGAGUUCGUGGCCCUGAGGCUGGAGAAGAGCAGCAACUGCUCCGGGCGCCUGCAGGUGUUCUACAAUGGCACCUGGGGCAAUGUCUGCUCCAACUCAAUGACUCCCAGAACUGUGUCCCUGGCAUGCAAGGAGCUGGGCUGUGGGGACAGAGGAUACCUGGAUGCAAACCUGCCCUCUGCUAGGGUGUCUGCUGCUGCCUGGCUGGAUCGAGUGCAGUGUGGGGAGAGAAACAGCUCCUUCUGGCAGUGUGCCUCUGCUCCCUGGCACCUGCACUCUUGUGAAGACCUGAGAGAUGAGACCCACAUUAUCUGCCAUGGGAAACGACCAGAAGUGUCUGCAGAUCUCUCAGCCCCAUGCCCAGACCCCAGGAACUGCACAGCCAGGGAGAAGAUUCGUGCCGUGGGAGGGCAGCACAGGUGCUCAGGCAGAGUGGAGGUCUGGCUGCACGGCUCCUGGGGCACGGUGUGCGACGACUCCUGGGACAGGCAGGAUGCCCAGGUGGCAUGCAGGCAGCUGGGCUGUGGCCCUGUGCUGUCUGCCCCGGGGGAGGCUGCCUUUGGGGAGGGGACAGGCCCCAUCUGGCUGGAGCAGGUGGAGUGCCAGGGCACAGAGCCAUCUCUGCAGGAGUGCUGGGCCCGGCCUGGGGACAGCGGUGUCUGCCGGCACAAGGAGGAUGCUGCUGUGAGCUGCUCAGACACCGCUGUCCCCAGGCCGGGCCCACUGCGGUUGGUGAAUGGUGCAAACCGCUGCACCGGGCACCUGGAGGUGCCUCACGACCAGCAGUGGGGAUCUGUCUGUGACAACAGCUGGGACAUGGAGGAUGCCCAAGUUGUGUGCAGGCAGCUGGGCUGUGGUGCUCCCAUCUCUGCUCCUGGCAGGGCCAGGUUAGGCAGAGGACAUGACUUCUUCUGGCUGGAGACCGUCAUCUGCCAGGGCACAGAGGCUGCUGAGUGCAGAGUCCAGGACUGGGGCAUCCACAGCUGCCACCAUGGAGCAGAUGCCAGCGUGGUGUGCUCAGACCCCAUGGCUGUUCGCUUGGCUGGUGGCCCACACCGCUGCGCCGGGCGGGUGGAGGUUCUGCAGCAGCAGCAGUGGGGCACUGUGUGCCACCGGGGCUGGGACAGGAACGAUGCAGAGGUGGUCUGCAGGCAGCUGGGCUGUGGCACUGCACUGGCAGCCCUGGGCUUGUCCAGCUUUGGCCAGGGCCAUGGCCCCAUCUGGCUGUCUGAGGUCAGCUGCAAUGGCACCGAGUCUGCCCUCUCCCAGUGCAGGGCUGAGCCAAGAGGAGUCCACAGCUGCCACCACGGAGAAGAUGCUGGCCUGGUGUGCUCAGAACCUCCUGAGGUCAGGCUGCUGAAUGGCUCCCACCACUGCUCCGGGAGGGUUGAGGUCCUGCAGAACCAGCACUGAAGUGUCUGUGAUGACUACUGGGACCUGGCCGAUGCAGCAGUGGUUUGCCAGCAGCUGGGCUGUGGCAGGGCCAUAGCUGCCCCCACCAAGGCUCACUUUGGCACGGGGCAUGAUCCCAUCUGGCUGGACAAUGUCAACUGCACGGGCACUGAGGUUGCCCUCGCUGACUGCAGGGCCAGGCCAUGGGGAGAGAGUAACUGCAGCCAUGGAGAAGAUGCCAGUGUGGUGUGCCUGGGAACCUCAAAGCUCAUCCAGCUGCUGAAUGGCUCCAGCCCUUGCUCCGGGAGGGUUGAGCUGCUCCACAACCAGCAGUGGGGGACUGUGUGUGACCACGGGUGGGACCUGAGUGAUGCAGAAGUGGUGUGUCAGCAGCUGGGCUGUGGAGAAGCCAUCUCAGCUCCAGGCUCGGCCUACUUUGGGCCUGGUGCCCACCAGAUCUGGCUGAGUGAGGUUGAGUGCACAGGGGCAGAAGAAAACCUCAUUCAGUGCCCAUCCAGGAUGGAGGAAGCCAUCAGCUGCCACCAUGGGGAAGAUGCUGGUGUGGUGUGCUCAGGCUCUCUUACACCCCCACAGCCUCUCCCACUGCUCCCUGUGCUGCUCCCAGUCAUCCUUGCAGCCUUGGCACUGUUCUGUGGGGCUUUUCUGUACAAGACCAAGCGACGGCAGCGGUAGAUGCGAAGCAGAAGCUUCUAACAACCCCCUAGGGGAGUUCUGCUGCUGGAGAAGAGGACAUCAGCGUCUGCAGAAGGAGUGUGGUUGGAAACCAGCUCUGUUCAAAGCAGCCACAUCAGCAGAGCUGGGGCAGGAAGUUUGCUUCUGCCUGGGGCUGGUGCUGGAAGGAGUUUCCUUUCCUGCUGUGACCUCCACCCAUCCCUUGCUCCUCUUUCUGACCACUCUUCCCCUUUCCCUUUGACACCAUGAGCCAGCAAUGUGCUCUUGUGGCUUAUACAUGUCCUGCCUUGCCUAGACAUGUUUUUUUGCUCCACCAGAGUGGCAAGCAUGGGAAACAGACACAAAAGAACCUGGAGCCACUGUGUUUGGCCUGCCCAGGGUCCUGUGGUGUAAGGUGCACACUUGGCUUGUGCCUGCCUAGUGCAAGGCCUGUGCUUUGCCCAAAUUGGGUAAAAGUGAGCCUGUGGCUUUGCCUAAUAGGAUAUGGUUUGGCUAACUGCCAUCCUGAUUGGCUGUUCUGUGUCCAAAGGGCAAUUAAUCUCUGCUCACAUUGACAAAAGGAGAUAGGCAGGUGAGCAACCUGCUUUGCUUCCCUGCUCUUUGCUGUGCUUCUCUGCUAUGCUCAGCCAUGCUGCUAUUGCACUUGAAGGACCUGCUUAGAAUUCCUGGUCACAUACACAGAUUGUCCAGAAGAAGCCAGGAGACAAGGUCAGAGAUUGUCUGCGUCCUGUCCCCAGGAGCCAGGAAGAUUCAAGUCUCAACAUCCAACAAGACAGAGUCCCCUGAGAGCAUUUGGGCGCUGUCUGGACUGUGGCUACCCUCUUGAGUGGGUGAUAAUAAUUUGUGAGUAAAUGCUUAAAAACCUCUUUGUAAUUCUCCAGUGCCUUCUGCCAUAGAGCAGAAAGAGCUCCCUGAGCCCAUCUACGGGGCAGGUGCCAUAUGGACUGUGGGAACCUUCUCUUCCAGUUCAGUUCAUGUUCCUAGGCUUUGCUGGUUAUUCCUAGGUCUGGAUAUUAUCCAGAGGAUGUUUCAGUGGCUGUGUAAGAAACAAGAUAUUGUUAAAAUGAGUGGUUGGGGUUGGCAGAGUUCUGAAUACCAAAAUAAACAACAUUAAUUUUGGAAAA